GGUGGUCUGCCUCGCGGCGUGGCCUAUAUCGAGUGCCGUGUGCAUGUGUCGAGUGAGGGAUGUGGGCUCUGCGGAUUUCUUCAGCUCUCUAACUUUUGUUUCUUUGUUCUACCGGUCUUUCCAGCAAUUUCACCCUUUCAACUUCUUAAUUGUGAGUGUCUAAGAUCGCAUGUCAUUAGGCGUUACGCUUGCAAGUUUGCACGAACUUGUAGACGUGCUUCUAGAUUCACUGAGUAAUUGCGCAGAGUGGAAGCAAUACAAUUAGGUAUCGGCCAGCUGGCCUACCACAAUUACUGCAAUUCACAAUUGCUAAACUCCAGUGAAGUGUUGAUUUUUUAAUUUUUUUUCAUUAUUCAGAACUAAAGAGUGGUAACCUUUAUUCCACUUUGUGAUUAGCGAAAUAAUAAUCCUGUCCCCUCUUCUGGACGUAAUGGUUAGAUUGCUAUUUUGACCUAGUUUCUGAGAUUAAUUCCGAUUAAUAUUUGAAGGGCUUACGAUGAUUUUGCUUUUCUACAUUCUCUUGGGAUCCCUUUAAAGCUUGUUGGUUGUGUGCUUUUCACUUUUGGUAUAGCAGGAAGAUCAAUUUUAUACAUCUAUUUUGGUCUAACUGUUAAAUAAAAUCCUUGCUGCAUAAUUUUGUGUAUGUGUGGCUUCUACCUGAAGCCAUUCUUUGUAUGGGGCCAUACCCCGUUGCUCCUUGUUAAUGAUUUUGUUCAUCAAUCAGAAAGAAAUAAUGUUUGCAUUUCAUGGUUUGAAUUGUUGGAGGACUAGAGCAUAAACCUGAACAGAUCUGCUUGGGGAUAUCAAUCCUCACAACUUCUGUCCACGGUUUUUGCCAUCUCAUAUCCAGCCAAAUGGCGAUUCAAACAAGCAGGCUCAUUUCCUACUCAGACGAGAUUAUUGGCGGACAGCCAAUUUUUGUGGCUUCAAAUUGCCUUCCUGUGAAGGCUUUAAAAUUUGAACCUGCUGGACACGCCUUCCAUGCUGCUGCUAUGAAGCUCCUCGGUUGUGAGGAGGAAGAUGUGGAUGCUUCUGAUCAGACAGUUGUCGGGGAUAAAGAGCAGACGAGCAUGCCAUCAUUUGAUUCAUAUAGCAGCAAAGGUAAAAAGAAAGCUGGUUCGGGGAGCAAGCAGCAAGAUCAUUAUGCUUUGUUGGGUUUGAGCCAUCUGAGGUAUCUUGCAACAGAAGAUCAAAUUAAGAAAAGUUACAGAGAGACGGCACUGAAGUAUCACCCUGACAAACAGGCCGCACUGCUUCUAGCUGAGGAAACUGAAGCUGGAAAACAAGCUAAGAAGGAUGAAAUUGAAAGCCACUUCAAGGCCAUCCAAGAAGCGUAUGAGGUUUUGAUUGAUCCUGUGAAGAGGAGAAUCUAUGAUUCUACAGAUGAGUUUGAUGAUGAAAUACCUACUGAUUGUGCUCCGCAGGACUUCUUUAAGGUAUUUUCUCCUGCUUUCAUGAGGAAUGGUCGAUGGUCAGUUAACCGGCAAGUCCCAUCAUUAGGUGAUGAUAAUACACCAAUUAAGGAGGUGGACAAUUUCUAUGACUUUUGGUACUCUUUUAGAAGCUGGAGAGAGUUUCCCCAUGCUGACGAGUUCGAUCUUGAGCAAGCAGAAUCUCGUGACCAUAGGAGGUGGAUGGAGAGGCAGAAUGCAAAGCUCUCAGAAAAAGCUCGAAAGGAAGAAUAUGCACGGGUACGUACUCUUGUUGAUAAUGCCUACAAGAGAGAUCCAAGGAUACUGAGGAGAAAGGAGGAGCAGAGAGCAGAGAGGCAGAGGAAAAAAGAGGCCAAGUAUAUGGCAAAGAAGUUGCAGGAGGAAGAAGCUGCCAGAGUUGCUGAAGAAGAGAAACGCCGGAAAGAGGAGGAUGAAAAGCGGGCUGCUGAAGCUGUGUUACAGCAGAAGAAGGUGAAAGAGAGAGAAAAGAAGCUUUUACGCAAAGAGAGGACACGCCUUCGUACAAUUUCGGCUCCUAUCAUAUCCCAGCAUUUGCUUGGUCUUUCUGAAGAUGAUGUGGAAACACUUUGUAUGUCCCUUGAUAUUGAGGCGCUGAGGAGCUUAUGUGAUCAGAUGGAAGGCAGAGAAGGCUUAGAACGUGCAGAAGUUCUCAGAAAUGCGCAAGGGGGCAAUCCUGACUUGGAGGAUAAAAAACAAGGCGAUAAGAAGAAUGAGCAACGGAAUAGUUCUAUGGAGGUGAAUGGCAGCGUCUCAUUAAGCAACUUUGAGAAAAAGGAGAAACCUUGGGGAAAAGAAGAGAUCGAGCUCUUGAAGAAAGGAAUGCAAAAGUAUCCCAAAGGAACAUCUCAUAGGUGGGAGGUCAUAUCAGAGUACAUAGGUACUGGAAGAUCAGUGGAAGAAAUUCUGAAGGCAACGAAAACGGUGCUUCUCCAAAAGCCGGAUGCUUCCAAAGCUUUUGAUUCAUUUCUUGAGAAAAGGAAACCAGCGCAGUCAAUUGUAUCUCCACUUACAACUAGAGAAGAAGUAGGAGUAACAGUUACCCACACAACUGAAAGCCCUACUGUCAAGAUGGACAAUGGAGAAGCAUCUUCGAGAAACCUUGUGAAUAACCAGAAUCCCGAUGAUUUUGUCUCUGAAAACGGCAAUGCUUCAGGUUCGGAACAAGAUGUUUGGUCUGCUGUUCAAGAAAGGGCACUAGUACAGGCACUAAAGACUUUCCCUAAGGAAACCAAUCAGAGGUGGGAGCGAGUUGCAGCUGCAGUUCCUGGGAAGACUGUGAACCAAUGCAAGAAAAAAUUUGCAUUGCUGAAGGAGAACUUCAGAAGCAAGAAAAGCACGGUAUAAUGUGCCGCAUCCCCUUCCGGAGUUAUAGAAGUGGAUUGUCCAUCUCUGGAUGUGCCCUGUGAGGUCAUAUUCUUCUCUUCUCAUGGCGGGAAUUAUUUCUGAAAUCCUUGUCCCACGCGAGAAGAGCAUUUUUUCCUGAGGAAUCAUUUUUGACAUACCUUAUAGGCAAUAUCAGUACAGAGGGGCUCUGUGCAUGGAAGUUUUCUAUGGCCCUAGUUUAUAGAAGCUUCUUGAUAAUUAUGUACUUCCGUCAGUCAAUUAUUAGCAUACACUCUGAUAAGGGACUCCAGGUGAAGUCAGUUGGCAGGCUAUGAGCAUUAUGGAAUUAUUCGGUCUACUGCGAGGUUUUGAAGCAGAUGCAGAUGCCUUUUGAGUUUAUAGCGAUGCUGGCUUCUUCUUUUGCUCGUCCGAUAAAUUUUUGUACCGUCAUUUUGUAGUUAACCAUUUCCAUUUUACUUCUGCGAAA